CCCGCCAUUAUUGAAACUCAAGGUUGCUCUAAUAAUGCCGAACACCGUUAACAUAGAAAGACAUAAGCUUAACCAAGCGAUGUACCAGAAACUGAAGAAAUAUAUUAUGAGCAAAAGAAAGCGAGAACAAGAAGGUACCUAUAGCUGGAACAUUUACAGUUUGGGAUUCUUUAGAAAAAGCACAAGACGCAAUUGUUAAGCGUUUACGACGUGAAAGGGAAGAAUCUAAACGACAAGCCGAAAUGGAUACAGAGAAUUUAGAAAAUACUAAAAAAGAGAUUUUGGUAACUCGUAAACGCAUAGAAGAACUCACAUCUAGAAGAAAUGAGCUAUUCCAGCGACUAAAACAAAUCGCCAGUGAGGAGACAAGUCUUCGUGAAAAACAAAAAAGCGAAACUAUGGCUUACUUAGCAGGUAUGCCACCUACUCAAUUCGGUUUGGAACCAAACAAUACUAACACGCAAAAUCGGCUUACGGUGCCCCAAACUACAUUACCUACAGGACAACCAAUGCAACCACAGGCUGUCCAACAUGUCUCUCUGCCAAAACAUAACUUGAAUGCUAAUGGAUCUGCAUCAAUAUCUAGUAUAAAUUCUGAAACCUUGAGUGGUUCUCAGUCUCCUCACAGACCGCAUCAUCCGUCUUUAUUUGGCUUAAAUGGGUCUAAAUCGACUCAUACAACAAUUUCAACUCAAACGGGGCUAGGUAUGCAGCAAAGUUUGGCAUCAAUAACAAAUAAUCCGUCAGCCACUAUGGCUGCAGUAGCGGCUGCCGUAGCUGCACAACAAAGGUCAAUGCCGUCAUCUGAUCCGGGUUUUCCAUCCACAGCCGCCGCAGCUGCAUAUUUCAAUGUGAUUGCCUCCUUGGCGAAUUCAUCUUCUCUUACAGGAAAUUCCUUAGGAAUAGCAUAUCCCAAUUCCUCUGUUAGUCUUGCUGAAGUUGUUGCUGCUCUUGCUGCGUCAGGAUUAUGUUCCCUCCCAGCACAUCUAUCAUCGAAUCCACCGCCAAUAUCAAGUGGAAAUUUGGUCCCAAACUUUACAUUCAGCAGUCGUGCAUCUCCUUCCUUCCCAGAUGGUCAUCAAAACCGUGACACUAUGACAGCACUUUCAUCGGGAAACAUGCACUCAAACUUAUCUUAUCAUCAAAACUUAAUUCAGUCAGCCAAUAUGUCCAAGAACCCUGCAGUAUCCAUUCAUCAUAAUCCUAAUUUUGAUUUUACCAGCUCCACACUAGAUACCGCAAAAGUGUGCUUAGCUCAACUAGCAGCAGCUGCUGCCGGCAACAAUAAUAAUAGUGGAAAUCACAUAAACCAACAAAAUGUCUUACCCAGUAAUCAACAAUUACAGAAAGCUCAUCAAAUUCUACGUUCACUGAAUGCUUCAAAUCCUCUAAUAUCUCCAUUACUGAGUGGUAACACUUCAGAUUUGGAUAUUUCUCAAACUACUUCUACUCCUUCAUCAACACCUAUAUCUGGUAGCCCUUUACUACCACCAGCCCCUAUCAGUUAUAGAGGAAGCAUUACUACUGGGCAAUCUGCUCAGCAAAUCCAACUUCAACAGCAAGCUCAUCAAAAGCAACAGCAUAACUUGUCGAAGUAUAUGACACAGGCUGAUUACAGUCCAGCACGUGGUCCUUCUGGUGCACAAAAUAUGGAAAGUUCACAUGUGAGUUCAUUUACACAGUUUAUUUGUUCGAACUUAGUGCUUGUCUUUUAGGUUGGCUAUUGUCUUUUCAAGCAACUAAUUACUGGAAACUUCGCCCUAAAGCUGCUUGUUCAUAUCUUCCAGCAGGUUUCAUUUCUAUUCCUGAGCGAUGCCUUUCGAAGAAUCAUUAAGAAACUAAUUCAUUUUAAUCAAAAUUGAUACCCUCAAGUCUUGCUACAGAUGCUAAUUAAUUCAAUCGUAUAUGGUUUUACACCCCAUAAUAUCUUAGACUAAUUUUUGCCUGAAAUAAACUUUCCCGAUUUAUCCCAAUAAUAAAUUACAGACAAAAGGAAUAUCAAAUAAUGAGAUUGUGUUUCGACCCAAUAUGGUUCAAUUCAUAUCAGCCCAACAAUAAGCGAACAUGCAAAUGAUAAAAUCAGUGAUCUACUUAGUAUUAGAUGAUUAAGGGACAGACUGCUGAAUUUUGAAAUUUGAACAUCGCUACACAUAUAAUUAUCAUCUCUGUCUUUACCACUUUGUGUUUUUCUGCCAUACCGCUGACCAAUCAUUGUGUAAUCAUUCGUCAGUUUACAUUUGAUUUUUUUAACAAUUUAUUAGUUUUAAAAACAUUGAAAUCCAUAAACACUUACACUUACACUCUGCUAUUUAUUCAGUAGAAUGAAGAUAACACCAGAUUACCUAGGGCUGGAAAUUUUCUGCAGGCGUCUUUAAGCCUUUGGAUAGUCCUUAAAUGUACUUUUAACAUUUCUAUCAUUAAGCGGUCAACUCAGAUACAGACUUUUCGUAUCUAUGAUGGUUUAAAUCUCCCCGUUGUUGGUAUUGAAGACUGCAUUUACUCACACUGUGCACACCUAGAAGGCAACUCUGAGGCAAUGGGAGCCAAUGGGAACUGACUCAAUGUAGUUCUUAAUAUUAAUAAUCAGAAUAUUCAAACUCUCGAAUAAACAGUAGCUUUAGCCUUUUAUUUCGAAGUACAGUUACUGGUAGUGUAGACAGACAGUGUAGUAUCCAAUCCUCCGGAGUUUUCACGGGGUCAUUCAGUCAGUCAUCAUCCUGCAGCCUGACACGUGUGUAUUGGCACAAGUUGCCAUAUAUUGGAACGACGAGAUGGAGUCAACAAGAUAAAUAGCAAAAUAUAUCAAUGACAACGACGUUGAAAAAGAUUAAGCAUUUGGAUUAAGAUUCUAAAAUACAGAUUUGAAAGGCAUGUAUCAAUGAAUACUGAAAUUCAAGAUAGAGAAGAAAAUGAAAAGUAAAUGUACUACACCACUGUGAAUGACUCUCAGCCAUCUCAUACGAAGUCUUCAACUGCUGAUCGUGAUUAUUAUCCAGACCCCGACCAGGUAGCCUGCAUCUGCCGACGUGGCUCGGACAAACAGUCAAUAAUUUCACAAACUGGCGCCAUAUUUUGGUUUGGCUACCCUUAGAUUUCUCCCAACCUACUCUUAUAUUGGAAAACAUCUCUUGUCAAAGUAGCCGGUGGUUAGACAUGCGUAACAGAUGUCCUAACUAUCUUUAUGUAUAUUAAUAACCUCAUCAACUAGUUUUCCAUCUUUGCCAAAUACCCUAUGCUUAAAUUCAACAUUUCUCACUCGAACGCAUUCUUAUUUAGUGUCUGAUUGUAUCAGUAUCUCUGUGCAUUAUAUAAAUAAUUUGGUACUUCCCUUCAAAUAGGCACAAGGUUAAGAUCAUGGUUUCAAGAAACCACGGAUACCAUUUCACAAGUCCCAGAAGAAAAGUUAUACAAAAACGUUGACAUUGGUGGUAGGAAAGAACAAAGAAAAUCCGUAGUAGAAUCGGUGACCCAUUAGAUGAACUCAAGUGCUAUACGAGGUCUAGGUAUUUGGUUGACAUUUCCCUGUUGUCUCACACUACCAUUACUUCAUAUCCUAAAGACAUUUAAUUUGAUACUCA